GUGUUUGGCGUUGGAUUGGCGCCUCUAGUUAGGGUUGGACGCAAGAGCCAAGUUGCUACGCGCCCUAACCCACAACAACACAACAACAACAACAGCCUCUAGUUAGGAUCCGAAGUUAUUGCUAGGACAUCUGUCUUGUUGCAAGAUAAGGAGACUCUCAAGCUAGUCACACUUUGGUGGCACUCACUAAACAAGUGCAUCUUAAUCACUUCUAAUACUCAUUCAUCUAGUCACAACCAGCUGGCAAGCCAUGCCGCAACAGCCUAUCCAGGGGCAAUCGGAGCAUCCUGUGGAGGAUGGCACAGAACCGAGGAACAAGAAGGCAAAACUGGCUCAGAAGGCGACCAAUGUCACAUUCCAGUCUGGCCAUGUAUCGCGCAACAAGCGUGGUCAGAUCAUGGGCGAGAGGGGCGAGUUCCGAGGGUGUACCAUCUGGCUCACAGGUCUGUCUGGUGCCGGCAAGACGACCAUCUCGUUCGCUCUGGAGGAGUUCCUGGUCUCCAACGGUAUACCGGCGUACGGUCUGGACGGCGACAACAUCCGACACGGACUGAAUAAGAACCUGGGCUUCUCCGCCGAGGACAGGGAGGAGAAUAUCCGCCGUGUCGCUGAGGUGGCCAAGCUGUUUGCCGACAGCGGAGUGGUCGCACUGUGCAGUUUCGUUUCGCCCUAUGCCAAGGACCGCGAUGUGGCGCGGAAGCUGCACGGCGACUCGAACCUGCCCUUCUACGAGUGUUUCGUCGACACACCGCUGGAUGUCUGCGAGUCGCGUGACGUCAAGGGCCUCUACAACAAGGCGCGCCAGGGUCUCAUCAAGGGUUUCACGGGAAUUGACGCGCCGUAUGAACGCCCCGCCAACCCGGACAUCACCCUGUACACUGCCAACCGGAGCGUGCAGGACUGCGUCGAUCAGGGGGAUCUGCUCACCGCUCACGGUAUCGUGCCCCGCUCGGCUAGUCAGACGGUGGGCGAGCUGUUCGUCCCGGCUGACCAGCUGAGUGUGGCCACGGAGGAGGCUGGACGGCUGCCGGCGGUCGACAUCAACACACUCGACCUGCAGUGGGUGCAGGUGCUCUCUGAAGGCUGGGCCACCCCGCUCACCGGCUUCAUGCGCGAGAGGGAGUACCUUCAGAGUCAGCACUUUAACUGCCUGCUGGAUGACGGCGUCACCAACCAGUCGGUGCCGAUCGUGUUGGCCGUGCAGACGGCGGACAAGGAGCGGCUCGCUGGACAGCCGGCCAUAACACUGAGGUACAACGGGAGACCGGUGGCCAUCCUGCGCAAACCCGAGUUCUUCGAGCACCGCAAGGAGGAGCGGUGCGCCCGACAGUGGGGCACCACCAACCCCGGACACCCCUACGUCAAGAUGGUGCUGGACUCUGGCGACUGGCUGGUCGGCGGCGACCUGGACGUGUUGGGCCGUAUCAAGUGAGACGGCCUGGACCAGUACAGACUGACGCCCACUGAACUGCGCCAGAGGUUCCGUGAGCUGGAGGCGGACGCAGUAUUCGCGUUCCAGCUGAGGAACCCCAUCCACAACGGGCACGCGCUGCUCAUGCAGGACACCCGUCGUCGUCUGCUCGAGCGCGGCUACAAGAAGCCAGUGCUCCUUCUCCACCCUCUGGGCGGCUGGACCAAAGACGACGACGUCCCGCUCGCCACACGCAUGCAGCAACACCAGGCGAUCCUCGAAGACGGCGUAUUGGACCAGGCCACCGUCCUAGCCAUAUUUCCGUCGCCGAUGAUGUAUGCCGGUCCGACGGAGGUCCAAUGGCACGCGAAGGCCCGCAUGUGUACAGGAGCGACCUUCUAUAUCGUCGGGAGGGAUCCGGCCGGCAUGGGACACCCCGACGGAAGUGGGGAUCUGUAUGAGCCGACUCACGGCAGCAAGGUCCUGACGAUGGCUCCAGGCCUCAAACAGCUAGAGAUCAUCCCUUUCCGCGUGGCCGCCUACAACAAGCAGCUGGGAAAGAUGGACUUUUUCGACCCAGCGCAGAGGGAGAACUUUGAGUUCAUCUCGGGCACAAAGAUGAGAGGUCUGGCCCGUUCCGGGCAACCCCCUGACGGCUUUAUGGCUCCUCGCGCCUGGAAAAUCAUCGCCGAGUUCUACCAGUCUCAGAACAAGCAGUAGCACCUCCACCGGUCCCGGUAGAGGUGGACUGAGGACGCCCAACACACGCGCCGGCCAGUGCCCUGUGCUGCCAAAUGUCAAUCACGGCUAUAUUGCUGUUCUGUGGUCGGUCAGCGGUGGGGAGGGUAGGU